GGGGGAGGCGCCAGGGCAGCAGCAGCGCCGAGCCGCGCUCCGGUCCCGCUCGGCAGGCGCGGCUGGCGGCAGGAGCGCACCGGCGAUGCGGCGGGCGAGUGCCCCCCCGGGGGGCCGGGGCACGGCGCUGCUGGCCCUGGCGCUGGCGCUGGCGGGUUCUCCGGGCGGCGGACAACACUACGACUACUACGGGUGGCAGCCCGAGAGCCUGCCCCACGGGCGCUUCUACGGACGGGAGCCGCAGUGCUUCGACAUCCCACCCGACAUGCAGCUCUGCCGCGACGUGGGCUACAAGCGCAUGCGGCUGCCCAACCUGCUGGAGCACGAAACCAUGGCCGAGGCCAAGCAGCAGGCGGGCAGCUGGGUGCCCUUGCUCGCCAAGCAGUGCCACACAGACACCCAGCUCUUCCUCUGCUCCCUCUUUGCCCCCGUCUGCCUCGACCGGCCCGUCUACCCCUGCCGCUCCCUCUGCGAGGUCGUUCGUGACUCCUGUGCCCCCGUCAUGGAGUCCUAUGGCUUCCCCUGGCCUGAGAUGCUGCAUUGUGGCAAGUUCCCCUCCGACCACGAGCUCUGCAUCGCCGUCCAGUUCGGGAACAGCAAGGUCACCCCACCACCAGUGUCCAAGAUCUGCACCCAGUGCGAAAUGGAGCACAAGGCAGAUGGCAUGAUGGAGCAGAUGUGCUCCAGUGACUUUGUGGUGAAGAUGCGCAUCAAGGAGGUGACGGAGGAGAACGGUGAGCGGCGGCUGGUGGCCGCCCAGAAGAAGAAGGUGCUGAAGCUUGGUCCUCUCAAGCGCAAAGACACCAAGAAGAUGAUUCUGCACAUGAAGAAUGCAGGUGCCUGCCCCUGUCCCCAGCUCGACAGCCUCAGUGGCAGCUUCCUAGUGAUGGGCAGAAAGGUGGGCAGCCGCCUGCUCCUCCUUGCCAUCUACCCCUGGCAGAAACACAACAAGGAGAUGAAGUUUGCUGUCAAGUUCAUGUUCUCUUACCCCUGCCCCCUCUACCACUCCCUCCUUUAUGGGUCUGGGCAGCACUAGGGCUCUGCCCACCCUGCCCUCUCCCUGGGCUCCUGCAUUGGCAUAAUGCUGCACCCCAGCUGCGUCCCUGGUGUUCCUGGUUGCACUCCAGGAUCCAAGCUCUCCUCCCCUCAGCUCCUCGGUUGUGCCCCAAGACCCUGCUCUGCACCCCCAGCAUUUCCAGCUGCACUUGUGGGAGCCUUGAUCCACAGCCAGGACCCCUUUUUCCCUUCUGAGAGCCCUGCUCUAUGCCCCUGGGACCCCUGCCCAAACCCAGGAGCUUAGGCUGCACCCAGGAUCCUUGCUCUGCACAUUUGUGAACCCUGGUCUGCACCAGAGGUGCUUGGCUUUUCCAAAGCCCCCAACCCCAAGUACCUGAGGGACCCUUGCUUGCACUUAGGAUCCCUGCUUGGCCCUUCUGGGACCCCUUGGCUGUACUGGAGACCCUUACUCUGCACCCCUCUGUACCCUGCCCAGCUCUGAUGACACGCUCCAGAUACUCUUUCCCUCCCUCCUCCACACUUCCAAAGCAUCCCACACCCUCACC